AUGGAAGAAGCAUUAAAAAACCUAUUCACGGGCGUAAAGUAUGAAGACAUGAUCGUCGAAUCCGAUCGCAGAACAUACCAUCCUUAUACGACAAACGCUUAUGGUAACUCCGAUGAGAUCAAUCUCGUCAUACAGAAAGCGGAUCUCAUCACGGCCACCUACGAUAGCGUUAUAUAUUUAGAAGGAACGCUGAAUCCGACUACCGCAAAUAAAGCUUACGAUUUCACCAACAACGCGCCGCUCUUUCUCUUCGACGAAAUUAGAUUUAUUUUGGGCGACCAGGUGAUAGAAACUGUUCGAUUACCCGGAAUAAACAGCACCAUCAAGGGGUUUUGCUCAUACACGUCGGAUCAAAGCAGAUGCUUAUCGCAUGCAGGCUGGAGCCCUUCCGGGGCUCCUCAGAUACUAAAUAGCACUAAGACGGCUUUCUGCGCUUCCAUACCUCUAAAGCAUGUACUCGGGUUUGCCGAAGGAUACAGGAAGCCUCUAGUCAACAUACGUCAAGAGCUGAUAUUAAUUCGUUCCAAGGACGAUAGUGAUUGCUAUAAAGGCGAGACUGAAGUUAAGAUUAAUCUUACGAAGGUAACAUGGAAAGUUCCGUACGUAAUUCCGAACGAUGCUAUGAAGUUGUCGAUCUACGGGAGGAUUAACAAGAAUCACCGAUACAAGUGGCGUUUCAUGCGCGCGACCUUUACGUAUACCCAACCUUACCCACCACCAGAUCGUUGGUUUGGUCGGAAGCGAAAUAACAAAGAAGCAGAUGCGAGCGAGUUUAACCAUUUAAGCAUUUCCAAUAUAAAAGCAAACAUUAACAACCGAAGAUAUCCGUAUGAGCAGCAAAAUCUGGUCUUUACCGAUAACAAGUAUGUGGAUGCUUACGAAGAAUAUUUAAACUUUCGUAAUCAAUAUUACGACUCGUCACAGGAGAGCUCCCUUCUUAGCUACAAAGAGUUCGAAAAGCAGCCUAUCUUCAUUAUCAAUUGCACCCGUCAAAACGAGAGCGUCCAUAACGUGGUGAUCGAUUUGAAGCUGGAAGUUGAAGCAUCAUCUGCAUUUGCAAAUGAAACUAUCGCUUACUGCGUUAUUUUACAUGAUGCAUUAAUCGAGUAUGAGCCGUUCACUGGCAUCGUACGCAAAACUUAA